AUGUCAAACUUUGGAGCCAGUGCCGACGGAACACAGAUGAAUCCUGGUUUUUCAUUAACCAAGGCAGUGGAGGAUGUCAGUAAACAAGGCUAUACCCAGAUUGAGGCCUUGAAAGAGAAAGAGAAGAAACUCAGCUCCCUGCAGACAACUCUUUCAAAUGUUGAGAUGAAAGGUAAGAAGGCGGAGCAGGAGCUGAGAUCUAGAGUGAGGGAGAUCCUAGUGCUGGAGGGCGACAUGGAGCACCUGGAGCAGCAGACUAAAGUCCUGCAUGAUCGCUGUGUAUCCAUCAGCAAAGAAAACGCAGAACUCCAGAUUCGUACGCGUGAGGAGGAGGAGAAAGCUCGCGUGGCUCGGGAGGGGUUCGACACCUAUCGACAGAAGAUGGAGGGUCACAGAGCAGCUGUUUUGCAUGCAGCGAGCCGGACGGAGGUCCAUAAGAAGCUGGAGGAGAAGAAAGCGCUGGUCAGGAUGUUGACACGGAAAAAAGAGGAGCUGAAGAAAGAUUUAGAGAAUCCAAAUGGAGACACAGUGCAUAUGGCAAAGAGAGAGAUUGAUGCUCUGAAGGAGGAGAUCUCUGUGAGGAGAAAGGCCAUAGCUGAGAGGAGAGAGCGACUGCAAAAAGAGCGUGCGACUCAUACCCAGAUAAAGAGAGACAUAGAGAUCCAGAACAAACGCUAUGAGGCCAUCGUGAAGCGCCUCCACUGCCAACUGAGCAGGGCCCAGGCUGUCUACAGGCAAAUGUCUGAAGACAUCUACCACAUGGAGAGACAGCUAGCUGAGCUCGAGAAUCAGCAGGAGUCCUCAGCUUAA